AAUUUCCCAAAUCCUGUGCACAUUUAGGGCGGAAACUCUUUUAUGAUAUACCAGAAAUAUUUGGCAUUACAACGUAUCGAACGGUUUUCAAAAGCGGUCACAUUCAUACGCUGUCCAGAAAAUACUCAUAAAUAUUUAAAAUUUUCAAUAUAGUUGAGCAGAAAAUAAUGUUGCAGAUAGCAAAACUGCAGCACAAAGCGAAGUUUUAAUUAGUCCAACCAACGCAUACGAACGGUCACACGAUGCUGAUACGCUGGAAGAGCAAAGAUAAAAGUUCAUCGAACCAGAGCAGCAGCAGCAGCAGCUCAUCAAAGAAGAAGCGAAAAGGACGUGAAGCAGAAGAAGACUGGCAAAAUGAAUCGAAAGCAGGACGUAUGCCGACUAAUGAGCAGGUUAGCGAUCAUCGGCGUGGCAUGCGUCGCGAUGAUCCGCGGCGGCAUACACUGGGAGGCGAUAUGAUUAUGUACGCUGGGAAUCAGGGACAACAGCAACAACGAGCCAUGGAUUUGGAGAUGAGCACUCGUGCACAGAAGAACAAAAAGAACAAUGUGCCACGUGGCUAUACGCCCUUAAAUCAGGGGCCCUUAUUUGACGAUGAUCCAGGUAUUAUGUCCGAGGUAGAAACAGCGAGCACUGGGUUUCGGCGUGGCAACAAGCAGCGCUCUUCCUUGCCGGUAGUUCGAACCCCUUCGAAAACGUUGGAGAGGCCAUUAGGUCUCGUGUUUCUGCAAUAUCGGUCGGAAACGAAACGUGCCCUAUUGCCAAACGAAAUCACCUCGAUCGAUACUGUGCGCGCCCUGUUCGUGCGCUCCUUUCCUCGCCAGCUAACCAUGGCAUAUCUGGAGGGGCCAAACGUCAAAAUAUACAUACAUGACGCCAGCAAGGACAUGUUCUACGAAUUGGAAGAUGUACGUUCACAUUUACGCGAAAUACGCGAUCGUUCGGUGCUUCGAUUAUUUGAAUCCACAGAAGUGGCUGCACCGCCGCAAAUUUUACCCGGCGGACCUGGCGUUCCGCAGCCUCUGCCUCAAGUAACGCCAAAUCACUGGGAUCAAGACCAGAGUUACUUCAGCGAACCAGAAUUCGAUUCGGAUUACAAACAUCAACAUAUUCACAAAUCAAAGAUUGGCAAACAGGCCGCACCGUACUACGUAGGCGCCUCACAGACCUUACCGCGCGGCAUGUACUCGUCCGAGCGCACCAAAGUUCCCAUAGGAGCGCCAGUGAAACCCUUGAGGGCGCAUAACUCAAGAGGUAGCAUGGAGCCCUUAUUUCCUUAUUCCCCGGACCAGUUGUAUAGCAUCCCAGAUGGUUACUCCAGUUCACCUGAGCGCAGCACACGAGGCAACUACGAGGAGCCUUACUACAGCCAAUACGGCACCAGAGGACCGGUCGUCGCGCCAAUUAUUGACGAAGAACAGAGCGAAGUGGGACUUGCCGAGGAUCAAUAUGCCGUAUACGGAAUGAAAGUGGGACCAGGCCGAAUGCCGAGACCAAAUCAAAUGUAUGACAAUGCAAGGCCUGAGGACUUGCAUCGCAUCCGCGUGGAACACAUGGAGCGUCAAUUGGCCAAUUUGACUGGACUAGUACAGAAAGCGCUCGUAAACCAACAUCCGCAAAUUGCACCAAUCGCUGUGCCGACACUGGAUCAAAACUAUUUGGUUGUACCUACGCAGUGCCAAGCUAACGGGUCGGGAAAUGAUUUGUAUAUAAGAGAAAAAGCACCCAAGUUAGGGAAGAGCUCAUGUCAGAAAUCAGUGUCGUUCGAAAAGUCAGUAUCCUUUAGCGACGACAUACAAGGAAUACCGAAAUCUCAUAGUCCUCAACACGCUGCCGAUACAAAACCAACAAAACCAGCCAUAAAAUCAUCGACAUUACCUCGAACAUCGUCGCAGGCAGAGAGAGACCGCCUUAAGCCACCGCCACCCCCCAAGCCCUUGGUGCUGGCCCAGCCGCAUCAAACAUAUCGCGCUGACAUUGCACUCGCCCCCGAGGUGUACAAUCAUUUACGUGGUCUACAGAAGAAGGCCAAGGACUUGCGUAUGGAGGUGCGUACACUGCGUCGACUGUCACAGGCACAGGCGGUCGCAGUACGCGAGGACAUAAAAGGCACUUUCAUGCGCAUACGAGCCACACUACUGGCCAGCAGCGGCACCUUCUGGGGCACUCAUCAGGGCGAUCAGGAUGCUACACGUAUCUCGCGUGAAGAAGAACUCUACAAGCAGGAAGUCAUUAGGCUAGAGAAAGACCUCAGCGAUUUGGAGGCCUCCGUAGAGACGUUGCGCGGCGAGGUUAUCAACCGGCGUACGCGCGUCAAUAUGACGGCUGUGGAGGAUAUGGCCUUGGUGCUGAGCAGAGCGAGCAAAACCGUUGCUGAGUUGAAAAUGAAGUUUCCCGCGCUCUCGAAUGGGCUGCGCUGCAUGCUAUCCAGCGAGAUGGAGCGCGUUGUUCGCGAGGAGAAAUUUCUCAAGGAAGAACCCGAUAGGCUCGAGUCGGCACUAAGACGCUGCAAGAAGCUGACUGGCACCUUGGUCACACUGAAAAGAUUGGCCAGCGUACAAGAGCAACGAUUACCCCCUAACGAACCGCAAAUCAACGAAGAGCCGCCACGCUCCGCCGAAAUCUCGAACACGGACAAACCAGUCCCAACACCCAGGAUGGGGUCGUUCGUUAUCAGCGGGGGACCCGAAAACGCACUCGAUGCUCUGCUAGACGAACUGCAGACAUUCUCGAAGCCAUUGUCACAGAAUAAUGAGGCACGCCCUGACGACUCGACAUCUGAUGAAAGCUCACAAGCUGUACAAAGCACAGUCACCACACAAAUAUCCCAAGCACGCCUAUACAUCCAAACUACUGACACAAACACCAUUCCAAUACAAUCGCAACCGAUUCCUGCCAUGGUCACUGGUAUGGUUAAUACUUUGCCUCAUAAGCUUAACCACAAUAUCGCUAAUACAAACUUGGCCAAUCCGGCAGUUGCUGCCUCGCUGAUGAUGCACACUAAUGUUGGCAGUCUUCGUCGACUCCAUUCCUACCCCAGCGGCUCAGACACGGACAUGUCGCCACCACAGAAUGUACGCGCCUCCACAACUAAGCCACCAGUUCCCGAACGCACCGCCGAACUAAUUACAAAAGUGAGCAACAAACGCAUACCGCCGCCGCCACCACCGCGCACCAGCUCACGCAGUCCAUUAGCCAGUCCCACCAACCCCAAUGUGCCACAACAAUUGCCAACUGUAUGCGAAUCUGACGUCUUGGGCAACAAGUCGGAUAGCGGUGGUGGCAGUGGCAGUGGCAAUUCCAGCGGCAACGAAUCAGCCAACGAUCAUGUCCAACGGCAGGUGGCUUUGGAAAUGCGCCACCAGGAGUUGCUGAAAAAACAAAAACUCCUUCAGGAGCAAUAUCAACGCUUGCAGCAGAUGACCAAGAUUUCUGGAGUUGAAAUUGGCGCCGCUGAAAGUAACGCUCAACUACAGAAGACUGGCAGCGAAUCCAACUUGCAGCAAAAGAUUAGUUUUAGCAUCGCCAAUGCAGGGGAGAAAUCGGAAGUGCAAGACAAUGUCAUACCAGCACCGGAUAAGAAUAAUAAGACAAUGCAGUUAGUCAAUAACAUCGCUGGCAUUCCGGAUGUGAAGGGAAACUCAGGCGGUGGCGGCGGUGGCAACGAGAAGAGUGGCAAUAGUGUAGGGGGUAGCGGUGGCGCUACUACCAAGCAGCUUUACGAGACAGAGAUACUCUAACAUAAGCCAGUAAUAAUGGUGGAAUGGCAGGAAACAGAGAUCGACAUUUGAGUAAAGCAUAAAAGGCACAAACAAGCUCGACGCACUGGAGCACAAGUGUUACUUGGAACACGCUUACCGCUGGCCACCGGCAACUGGCAAACGUUGCUAUAACAACUCUGAAAGAAAUCCACAUACAUACUGCACCGCAAAGCGAAUGAGAAAGAGGAAUAGAAAUCAAUUAAGCAACGAUUCUGACUACUUUUAAAAGCGAACAGGAAUGACCGACCGACCGUUGAUGUGAGGCAGUAACAGAAAAUACAUAUAGGACAAUAGAUGUCGCUAGUACUUAGUAAUUGAUAUGUAUAAGUAAUAAGCGAUAAAUAUAUGUUUGUAUGUAUUAGGAUGUGAACACCUUGCAACACAGGCAGUGAAGUAUUCUAAGUCGGACUUAUUCGCAAAAAUAAUUUAGAAACGCUAAUGAGUAAUGGCGGCUUAGUUGCAGGGCGAAAAGCUGAAUUAACAAAGAAAAA